AUGCCCUGGACGAAGGAAAUAAUCGCGGCACGAAACGCACUCCUCAAGACACACUACGGACGAUUCAACAGCCUGGUCAAAGAUGGGCCAGAGUGGACGAGAUUUGCAGAGUCUGGAAGUGUCUGGGACUCGAUCUACAACAUCCGGAACAAGGAGCCGUGGAUGGCGGCACAAGAGAAAUUGAAGGAAGAGUUACGCAGGUUGGACAAUCUGCGUGAGAAAGUCCACCUAGGGUGUAAGAAGAGAUGUCCUUUGAACGUUGGGCUUCAUCAUAGAAGGCUUUGCAGCAACGUUCUUGCUGUUUUCUCUUGGAAAAGCUGCAUGAUCGAGAACAACUCUCUUUCGUUAGCGAGCGCAAGAAGAAUCAAGGCAAGUUUACCAAAGGUGACGCCGAAGAGCGAGCACGUAUUCGAGGAGGCGAUGAAAAUUCGCCUACCAUCAGCAGAAGAGUUGGUGCUGUUAGAUCAAGGUACUGCCGCAAAGUCAGAUCAGUACCUUCAGUUACGCAACAACAUUGUUGCGACACAAGCUGCAAUAUCCAGCAGACACCUGCAACGUGCAACAAAGCCCGAAGAGUUGCUCCAAGACAUACGAACAAUCUCACGCAUCCUCUUUCUCGGCACAAAAGUCCACUUCAAGCCUGGCGAGCUACGCACCCUCCCGAUCCAGGUUCAUUCGGACCCCAAGGUCAUUUUUCCCUAUCCUCAGGAACUGCGCCAAAAUCUUAAACGGUGGUCAGACUUUGUUGUUGUCGGGGAAAACGAUUCCGAAAUUCACCCUUUGCUCAAAGCAGCUUGGGACAGUUUCUACUACGUGAGCAUCCAUCCGUUCCAAGAUGGCAACGGAAGAACUUCGCGCAUCCUCUUCGCCACUCACGUCGCAGAUAACGGAAUGCUUCCGGUUAUAUGCUCAGAGUGGCUUCCAAGGGAGCAAUACCUGCGAUACAUGUCCCUGGCAAGAUCCGGCAAUCCAUUCCCGUGGUGCCAAGAUCUCGUUCGUUCCCAGAUCGCCGCAUUGGAGGGUGUCAAUGGUAUGUCGGGUUGA